CGGUGGUGGUGGCGGGCGGACGCUCGGGAGACUGAUUUCUUCUAUCUUGCAGGAAACCACACGGACCUCCCACGCUUCGUGCAGACCCCGAGCUGUCCCAAAAGGAACAGGCCAACCUGGAAACAUCGUUUUUUCAUCUCUGAGGAGUGGCAACUCAGGGUUUCCGAGUUCUUCGGAUUUGACAGCUCUGGAACUUUGACAGUGCUGACAUUACGUGGGCCUCGCAAUCUUCGUGACGUCAUCGAGCUGUGAAACCACACGGACCUCCCACGCUUCGUGCAGACCCCGAGCUGUCCCAAAAGGAACAGGCCAACCUGGAAACAUCGUUUUUUCAUCUCUGAGGAGUGGCAACUCAGGGUUUCCGAGUUCUUCGGAUUUGACAGCUCUGGAACUUUGACAGUGCUGACAUUACGUGGGCCUCGCAAUCUUCGUGACGUCAUCGAGCUGUGUAAAAGAACGAAGCGCAUCAGAUACCAUCGCAUUUGUUCAGCGGUGGUGGUGGCGGGCGGACGCUCGGGAGACUGAUUUCUUCUAUCUUGCAGGUUAGUUACAAAGCCUUAACAUUUCUUCUCUGUUGUGCCGCCUACCACCACCACAAAAUCGCUUUUUCGUUUUGUCGUCGUUUUGCUUUGCUUGUGGGAGCUGCGUGAUUUGAAGUGUUGUACAUUUCGGGUGUGUACUGAGAAUGGCAGCUUCUGCCUUGUGUUUAGUGUGCAAAGAGGCACUUCCCGAUCCCGGUAGUUGCCCAAUGUGCUCCGAAUGUAGCUACGGUUAUCACAUUGGACCAUGCUCAGGAGUAACAAAGUCUGCUUUUAAGACAGGCGACGAGGCAGUAAAAAAAGCAUGGAAAUGUCAAGCAUGUGUUAUUCUGGCUGCACGUGCGAACGCCGGCAGCGGGAAGUUGCAGCUGCAGCAGACAUCUGACACUGGAAAAAUACUGGCUGAAAUAAAUCGCAAGUUGUCGGAGAUACCCACCAUUAAAAGCAGAAUAGAUCAACUAAUGCAACUGAAGGACACAGUCCAAAAUAUGGAACAAUCUGUUAAACACUUGUCAGAGCAGUAUGACGAUGUACUCAUCGAGAUGAGGAAGCAAUCAUGUGAAAUAGCUACUCUAAAGAAAAGAGUUGAAAAGGCUGAAGCAGCCAAUGACCCUCUGGAAAUUCAGAAGCUGCGACAGCAUCUCAACUACUUAGAGCAAUAUAGCCGCCGUCAAAAUUUGGAAAUUCAUGGUAUCCCCCAUAGCCAAGGCGAACAGUUGCUCGGUAAACUGAAUAACCUGGCGAAACAGUUAAACCUUGCCGAGCUCACGCCAGCUAAUAUUGACGGCUUGCACAGGCUUCCGCCCAAGCCAGGUAAAGAACCAGCGGUGCUCGUUCGCUUUGUAUCGUGCGCUACACGGAAUGAAUGGAUGGCAAAGAAAGGCUAUUUGAAGUCUUCAAAAUCGGAUGUCUAUUUCUUGGAUAAUCUGACGGCAGAAAACAGGAAGCUUUUGUGGCUAAUGAGGGCUAGGGCGCAAGAAAAGCACUAUCAGUUUGUUUGGCAGAAAGAAGGAAAGAUGUUUGUGCGUAAGGCACAGGGCGAGCGAGCGAUCCGCAUUGAAUGUCAAACCGACUUAGAUAAGAUACAAUAAGCUACUGAUCAGUUUGUGACGUGUCUUUCUGUGUUCGCGUACUUUUUUUUUCUUUUUUUCUAUGAUGAAAGAAUCAUCUAGCAUAAGCUAUUAUAACAGCUCUAUUUUCAAUUCUACCUUGCGGAGUCAUUCUUUAAAGCCGAGUGAUCAUUUGUCUAUUUUUCAUGUAAAUAGCAGAAGCUUGAGUGGUAAGGUCAUGGAAUUAGAAACAGCUCUGGAGGCACUAGACCAUAAAUUUGACAUUCUGGCAUUUACAGAGACGUGGUUUUCGUCGGUUUCUGAUGUCAAUUUUCUUGAUGGAUACAAGUGUGAAAGUGUCUACAGGAAAGGUCGUCGAGGAGGUGGUUGUUCACUUUAUAUCAGAAAUAACCUGAACUACUUUGUUCUCGCUGAAUUUUCAGCCGUUAACGAUGAU